GCCCAUCAACUCCGCAGUUGUUCUUGAAUCCCUUUCCUUAACUGUUGUAUUAAAAUCUAGUCUAUUAAAGUUAAGUUCUGUGAUUCUCUAGGAAAUGUUGUAGUGAUUUUGCAGCUAAUAGUUUGUCAAGAGCAAGACUUAUUUGCAAGUGAUAAAUGGGGGAUUGGCUGCACAGUUUUAUAUUCGCCUCCUGGGAUAAUGUUGUAGGUCCCAAAGUGUUGAAGAAAUGGCCUACAUCUGGUUUUGUAUUUUCUGAUGAAAACACAAAUUUUGAUGAUGAAGUGGAUGAAGUGGGCAUUGAAAUCAAAGAAGAAAAAGGCAUUGAUUCAACUGAUGAAUCAAGUUCACAGAGAAAGACUUUUUCCAUGAAAGUUGAAGAAGAUCAAAUUGCAAAAUAUAUUUCCGUCCAUACCUUGACUGGUCAUUUGGCAAAAACAAAGCAUACUGAUUAUGAUGGAGUAAAUGAAAUCUCUCUGAGUGUUCCAGCACUAGGGUUUGCAUCCCAAACUUCUACAUUUUACUGCCUAUGUUUCUCUAAUAAUUAUGGAGAAACCAAUAAUAUUUGUAUUGAAGAACCUCAUAUGGUCUCACUCAGUAUGGUCUUCUACUACGAAAAGUGCCUUGAUGUCUUCUGGAAUCUUCAACCUCUUAUUGUGCAUCUACUGAACAAAACAGUGGAAAGGCUUAAAGUUGGGCUAUCUCAGGAUUUAAACUACCAUGAAGAGCCCAUUGUUUCACAAUGGCUUGGAGAAAUCCAUCAAAUACUGAAAGACAGCAGCAGGCUAAGAGUUAAUAUGCCCCAAUUAACAAGUCCCAUCUCAAUAAAACAGAUAAUGUUAAAGCUAUCUCUGGUAGCUUGGGAUGUGGCUAUCACAUCAAUGCUCACAACUAUGGGAUCUUGCUGUGUUGUUGGAAAAAGUGAAGAACAUAUCAAUGGGGCUAUAGAUGUGUUAGCAUUUUUUCUUCCAGAUACUCAUCAGAUUCUAUGCUCGCGUUAUGCUGCGAAAACAUUCGCUAGUGGACUAUUCAUUCAAGGACUGUUAGAGAAUGUAAAUGGAGUGAGAGACAUAAACUGUGCAGACAUUUUGUUGAAUGAAUUUCCUCUCACAUUACUGGACCUUUCACAGAGGGGCAAAAUCAAAUUUUCGGGAAACGUUCAUGAGCACUAUCGAAGUAAACAGCGUCACGCUCGUGAACAAGAGUUUAAUAUUAUCCAGCGAAGAGAACCAAACAUUCCUUUUUCAACUGAGAGCGUUUUCCGUCCAUGUGGUGAGUCUAGCCGCUAUGUUCGAUGGUGUCUGGAGCAGCUUGCUACUCAUAAUACUGAGCACUGGUCUAGAAUCAUUGCAGCUUUCCAUCAAGCAUUGGCUUUGCAAGCUCAUGACGUUAUUAAAGCUUUUCAAUCAAAACCCUUCCCAAACGGAGAGAGUCUCAAACAAAUGCGAAAUCAAUUGAAAAAAACAAUGAAGAUAGCCGAAUCGGAUUUCUGGCUUCUUGUUUCUACAGCUGAACGACUUAAGCCCGGAUUUUGCCGCAUAUUUGCCAAUUACAGGUUUUGAGUAAUAUAAAUUCCAAUGUUAUGUUCUUGAUAAAAGGCAUUGACUGCAACUAUAAUAAAGCAUUGUGAUUCAACUUGA